AUGGCCGACGUCACGCGGCCAGAGACGGUGGCGACGGCGACGAGGGGCGCGAGGGCGGUGUUCUUCGCGUGCACAGCCCCGGCCAACGGCGAGCCCGACCUCGUCGAUCGGAAGGGGUUGGUCGACGUCGCGCGCGCGUGCAUCGAAAACAACGUGAGCAGGCUCGUGGUCAUCUCCGGCGCGGGGGUCACGAAGACGUCCUCCCCCGCGUACGGUUUCCUAAACGCGUUCGGAGGUCGCAUGGACGCCAAGCUCGCGGGGGAGGACGAGCUUCGAGAGACAUACCGAGCAGCCGCGGCGGCGGGAAGAACGAAGGGCGACGUCGCGUCGUACACGAUCGUGCGUCCCAGCGGCCUGCUCGACGGCCGCGGUAAGGGCGUCCGCGCGCUGGCGGUGAACCAAGGCGACGAGGCGGCUGGCUUCAUCGAUCGCGUCGACGCGGCGGAGACGGCGGUGGAAGCGUCCAUGAACCCAAACUGCGCUCGCGUCACCUUCGAGGUGUACGAAGCGGGCACGGCUGUGCCCACGCGGAACCUCUCCGUCGCGGACAUACUCAGCGACCCUAUACUUCGAACGGUCGCGUCCGUGGUGACGGGCUCGGCGUUCAAAGGGAGGGGGGAAGGCGGGGCCGGGGAUGAGUCGAGGGCGAGGGCGACGCUUCGGGAACGACGCGGCGGCGACUGGUCGACGCUCCUCUCCAACCUCGAGCCCGACGCUUAA